AUGGUGAAACAAAACCGCCGGCUGGCUCGAAUCCACAUUGGGAUGCUGCUUUUGGCUCUCUGUCUACACCUGGGGGAAGCUACUGCAGGCACGCUGAGGGUCGACGGGGCCCAAGAUGGAGGUGGCACCAGCUCAGACACCAUCAGCCACUCCCUGACCCUGGUGCAGCGUCUGGAGGCCCUGUUGGUUGGGGGAAAUGGUAGCGACGUGACACUCAGGGUGGAGACACCCAGCGCAGAUGAAGUGAAGGUGAUCCAGGCUCACUCGCUGGUGCUCUCGCUUCAGAGCUCCGUGUUUGAGGAGAUACUACUGACCCGAAACAGCAGCACCCUGGUCCUGAAAGAAAGCUCUGACUGUGCUGCUGUGUUUGACAAGUUCAUCAGGUAUCUGUAUUGUGGUGAGAUUUCUCUGAAUCUGGACCAGGCCACUCCUUUACACAAGCUGGCCACUAAGUAUCAGGUGCUGGUUCUUCAGCAGGGCAUCACACAAUACAUGACCAAGAAUCUGGCCCGGGACUCCCCAUCGGGCCAUGUGGCCGGCUGGUACGAGUACGCCCUGAUUGCCGGGGACGUGACUCUGAGGGACAACUGCCUCCAGUAUCUGGCCUGGAACCUGUCAUCGGUGCUUCAGAGUGGAGAGUGGGUGAGCAUCAGUAGCCAGCUGCUCAUGUCUCUACUGAAGCGUUCAGACCUCAUCCUGCAGAGUGAGAUGGAGCUCUUUGCAGCGCUGGAGGCCUGGAUCAUUCAGAACGACCCAGACGGUCUGACGGCGGAGAAUGCUUUGAGAGCUGUGCGCUACGCCAUGAUGCCGCCACGGGAGCUCUUCCGCCUGCAGACCCAGUCUUCAGUCCUGGCUCGCUAUCAGGAGUCUGUGCGUGACCUCCUCUAUAUGUCCUACCAGUUUCACUCUGCAUCGCCAAUGCACAUGGCCAAAUACUUUGACGUGAACUGCAGCCUCUUCGUGCCCCGGAACUACCUCUCACCGGUGUGGGGGUCACCCUGGAUCAUCAACAAUCCAACUCGAGAUGACCGCAGCACCAGCUUCCAGACUCAGCUGGGACCCAGCGGCCAUGACGCCAGCAAGCGGGUGACUUGGAACGCCCUGUUCUCACCACGUUGGUUACCCCUCAGCAUGAGGCCGAUAUACACGGAGACGGGCGCCAUGCAGCCAACACGAGUGGAAGGCGGGCGCCCUCGCAUCAUCAUCACACCGGCCACGUCCAGUGCUGAAUUUGCUGGGGUGAACUUCCAGAAGACGGUGCUGGUGAUGGCUCAGCAGCAGGGGAGGCUGGUGGUGAAACACGUCUAUAACUUCCACCAGAGCACCGAGGAAAACGGCGACUUCUUGGCCGAAGCCGACCUGUACCGCCGGACGUCUGAAUACCUCAUCGACAGCUCCCUCCUUCUCCACAUUGUGGUGAAGCCACUGUACCAAACCCUCAUCACCACCAAGAACUGA